GUGCGCGCGCCGCCGCGCCACGAGACACCCCACUUCGGCUCCGCGCGUCCUCCCCGCCUCCUCUACGGCGGCCCCGCCUUCACCACGUGACGCACGGAUGGCCUCCGCUUCCUCUUACUGGCGUACUUCCGCGUCUGCGCCCUCGCCGCUCCCGGGUGCCAUUGCAGCCUGAGUCACGUGCCGGGGGGAAGCAGGAAGGCGUCGUUCCCCACCCCCCCAGCCGCCAUGUUUUCAGGCCAGGUCUCACUUGGUCUGCCCCCGUAAGGAAAUGGCCGGGGAGCUCCGGGAAAGCCCGGCGCCGUUGCCUCGGCGGAACCCGGGCGGACGAGGCAGGGCAACGGCGUAAACCAGAGCAGCUCUGUGCGGGGUGGGGAGGCCAUGGCGUCUAGCAGUAACUGGCUGUCCGGGGUGAAUGUCGUGCUGGUGAUGGCCUACGGGAGCCUGGUGUUUGUACUGCUAUUUAUUUUUGUGAAGAGGCAAAUCAUGCGCUUUGCAAUGAAGUCUCGAAGGGGACCUCAUGUCCCUGUGGGACACAAUGCCCCCAAGGAUCUGAAAGAAGAGAUCGAUAGUCGACUAUCCAGGGUUCAGGAUAUCAAGUACGAACCCCAGCUGCUUGCAAAUGAUGACGCCAGACUGCUACAGCUGGAAACCCAGGGAAAUCAAAAUUGCUACAACUAUCUGUACAGGAUGAAAGCUCUGGAUGCCAUCCGUGCCUCUGAGAUCCCAUUUCAUGCUGAAGGCCGGCAUCCCCGUUCCUUGAUGGGCAAGAAUUUCCGCUCCUACCUGUUAGAUCUUCGGAACACUAGUACUCCUUUCAAAGGUGUGCGCAAGGCCCUCAUCGAUACCCUGCUGGAUGGCUAUGAGACAGCCCGCUAUGGGACGGGGGUCUUUGGCCAGAGUGAGUACCUGCGCUACCAGGAAGCCCUGACUGAGCUGGCCACCGCGGUCAAAGCACGAAGUGGGAGCUCUCAGCGACACCACCAGUCAGCAGCCAAAGACCUCACUCAGUCCCCUGAAGCUUCCCCAACAACCAUCCAGGUGACAUACCUCCCCCCCAGCCAGAAGAGUAGACGCGCCAAGCACUUCCUGGAAUUGAAGAGCUUUAAGGACAACUAUAACACGCUGGAGAGUACUCUGUGAUGGAGCCGAGGGACUGGAAUUGAAGAGCUUUCAGGACAACUAUAACACGUUGGUGACUACUCUGUGAUGGAGCCGGAGGACUCCCAGUGGGGACUGAGCCCGCCGGAGUACAGCGUGCAGGCCGGGCCGUCCUCAGGUCAUCUGGCUCCACAGGCCCAGACUCCACCGGCCAAAGCGCCCGUGUGUACAGAGCUCACGCCUGGAGGCCCUUUCCUAUGGGCCAUUUCACAACAACAGCUAAAACUGUUUUCUCCCAGUAGCACUUUUUCUGGAGUUCAAUUCAGUUGCUAUUCUAAGUGUUUCUGUCAAGCCUUCUUUAAAAAUCCUCACCUGGUUUUGAUCUGGUUUGUUCACUUGCCCUGUUCCGGACAUUUACUCCCAGAGGUGAGAGUUGAGAUGAGGGGCUUGGUAGCUUCCGUUAUGUGCCCCGUUGUUGUACACGGUUAAGUGGGAGCCGUUUGGGUUUGGGGCAUCUCACGUUGAUUGGUGGGACCUGCAGGCAGGAACUGGUGGGCGAGGUCGGGUGUGGCAGUGGGUCGUGUGUGAAACAGCUUACACCAGGGUGUGUGGGAACAACACAGCUCUCCCUGAACUGCAGAGGCUGCCCUGCCACUUUUACUCCAUACUGUCGUGAGUAAAUUGAAUAAAACAGACUGUUCUGACACCUGGCAUAAUCCUAUCUCCCCUCCCUUAUUGGGGAUACUGUGGGACAAUGUGAAGGAAUGGUUUCCCCUAACAAGGCAACGCAUUGUGUGUCUGACUUUAUAAGUUGGUUGUUUAAUAAAACAAACUGUUAGAAAGUAAAAAACU